GUUGUCAACAAUUCGAACGCGUCGUGGAGGUUUGCGGUUAAAAAAAAAAUUAAUGAUCAUUCAAAAUUGGGCCCGAAUUAUUGAUUGAAUACAGUUGAAUCUGCUACGAUGACGUCUUCACAAGACGCUUGCUACAUUUCCUUGCUCGGAUUGGCGGAAUACUUUCGGACCUCGUCGCCACCGAACAUUAAAAAGUGUAUUCAAUGUUUGCAGGCGUUGUUUACAUUCAAACCGCCGCUCAAGGUGGAAGCCCGUACGCAUCUUCAAUUGGGGCAGAUUCUGAUGGCAUACACUAAAAAUAUCGAGCUGGCUCGGAACCACCUGGAGCAGGCGUGGAUGCUGUCGGAAAAUAUCAAUAACUUCGAUGAUGUUAAAUUUGACACGGCUAGCCUGUUGGCACAGCUUUAUCAGCAGCAGGAUCAAAGUUCUCUAGCGAAGCCGGUCCUACGAAAGGCUAUUGAACUUUCUCAACAUAAUGUUUACUGGCAUUGCAAGCUGCUCUUUCAGUUGGCGCAAACUCAUGCUACUGACAAAGAGUAUGCAUUGGCAUCGGAACUACUAGCUGUCGGCGUGGAAUCUACAGAUGAAUCAAAUGCAACUUACCUGAAAUCAUUAUUUCUGCUUAGCCGGGCUAUGAUUAUGAUGAUCGAAAGGAAGAGUAGCGAUGUGCUGGCAAUUUUGAACCAAGCCGGGGCUAUAAUUGACAAUGGCAUUCAGAACAUUCAUCUGAAGGAGUAUUUAAAAGUUUUCUUUUUCGUUCUUCAAGUAUGUCACUUCUUACAGCUGGGACAGGUAAAAACCGUAAAGACCAGUUUAAAGCAGUUGCAGCAAAGUAUUCAAACCAUCAUGGCACCCAACUGGCCAUCGGAUGAGCAAAUUUUCGGCCAGAACAGCACGGAAAUGUUCAUGUGGUUGCCAAAAGAACAGCUUUAUGUGCUGGUUUAUUUGGUCACUGUAUCGCAUUCGAUGAUGGCCGGCUACAUGGACAAAGCUCAAAAAUACACGGAAAAAGCAUUAACUCAGAUCGAGAAACUAAAGUCUCAGGAGAAUAAACCAAUAUUGGCAGUUUUUCAAAUAAUCCUGCUGGAGCAUAUCAUCAUGUGUCGUUUGGUGAUGGGUAACAAGUCGCUUGCCAUAAAAGAAAUUGCUCUCGCGAAAGAUGUUUGCUUGUCAUCACCUAACAAAUUUUUACUAAAAAAGCAUUCUGCUCAAUUACAUUGUCUGCUGGGGUUGUACGCAAUGUCGGCCAGUUUGUUUGAUCACGCCGAAAGGCAGUUUACUAGUUGUAUUCAGGAUACAACCGAAAGAGAUCUCAAACUUUUUGCCAAUCUAAAUCUAGCAAUAGUGUAUUUGCGGAUGAAACGUGAACACGACUUGCGGCAGAUUUUGGAACAAGUUCAGCAAGAAAAUUCACAGUGCUCCAAUAGUCAGGCGUUGAUGGGCAGCUUCUACUACGUGCAAGGAUUGAAUGCCUUCCACAAAAGUAGUUUCCACGAAGCAAAACGCUUCCUCCGUGAAACCUUGAAGAUGGCAAACGCCGAGGAUUUGAAUCGUUUGACAUCGUGUUCGUUGGUGCUGCUUAGUCACGUAUUCCUCAGCAUUGGGAACUCAAAAGAAAGCAUGAACAUGGUUACACCAGCAAUGCAACUAGCGUCGAAAAUCCCCGACAUUCACGUGCAGUUGUGGGGAAGUGCCAUAUUAAAAGAUCUCCACCGGAUGCUGAAGGAACAGUCGCUGGAAAACGAAGCGUACAACAAUCAUCUGAAUUUUUCGCAAAAUUUGAUUGCCGACCAGUUGAAAUGCACCAAGUUUCCAGAGCACACACUAAUCAACUGGUUGCAGGGUGAUCCACCGUUGCCGAUGUUGACACAGGAAAUGCCAGAAAUGUCGCAAAUUCAACAAACGGCCACGAUCGUCCGUGUACCUGGUCAGCCCGGACAACAGGUUAUUUACCAGUGAGAGUGAGUGGUUUCCGGUAAAGAAAGUAAGGUCGACUGUACAUGUUCUGGUUCUCUUUAGAAACUUUAAAGUCAUAUUCGCAUUCAUCUAUCUAUCCAAUAAAUUUAUCAUGACAUCCGUGUUUCCAACAAGUUUGGUUUCAUUUGCGUUUACCUUUGAAAGACUGUUGAUGUUAUCGAUCAUGUAAAGGCUUUGUGUCAGAUUCUGAUAUGAAGCGAGCUGUAAGGUAAUCUAUAGCUGGAAGUGUUACUACGACGAACGCCAAGCAACAAACGAUGGAAAUAGUACAGGAAUCAAUACGUCAAGAGCAUUUCAGCACAGUAACUAUUGGAGGUUCAGAAGGAGAUAGGGAGGUUGAAAAUCCAAAAACAAAAGAACAGUUCCUUGUGAGUUGCUAGUAAAGAAGGGAAACACGGCAUACUUUGAAGUGCGUAAUAUGUGGAGUCCAGAAAUUAAAUAAUAUAACGAACCGAAAGUCUGCAACGAAAAAUUAAUUUGAAUAAACAUAAUUUCA